AUGAAGGUGAAAGUUCGCGUCGGCGGACCCGAAACUUGGAUAGCGACACUCCCAGAGAGCCUCAAGCAUGAAUUCUCACGGGAAGAACUCGAGCAGAUGAAGCAGCAGUUCUCAGACUUUGAUACAAGCGGAGACGGUAGCAUUGCUGCGUCGGAGCUUACCGUUUUGAUGGAGUCGAUGGGGAUCUCGGCGACGCUCGAAGAAGUCCAAGAACUCAUCGACAAAGUCGAUGAAAACCGGUCGGGCGAGCUGGAAUACCACGAGUUUGUCCGGCUUGUCAGCGAUAUUCGACGAGGAAACGGGGACAAGCUCGCCAUGUUCCUGCAGUACUCCAAGCAUGUAAUGGCGAUCCGUCGCGAAUUGCUCGACCUGAGCACCCAUCCCACAGCUAACUCGCAGGUCUUCAUUGUAAAAGAGAAUGCAUGGGACUGGAAGGUGCUUAUGAAUGGACCUGUAGGAUCUCCAUAUGAAGGAGGAGUCCUCAAUUUCCACGUUCGGUUUAGUCACGAAUAUCCCUUCGAAGCACCCGUACUGAGCUGCCUCACCCACAUCUAUCAUCCCAACUUUGUUCCGCUGUUGAACGGCUCCAUGUCACUAUACGGUUUGCUGCGCCAGUGGGAUCCGGAAUGGCGCAUGCGGAGGCUUCUUGAAGCUGUUGAGGAGCUGCUCGCCACGCCAGACGAAGAGCUCAUGGCCGAGUUCGAAGCUGACACAGCUCAGAUGUUGCACGGCGGUGGAGUCGACACUCCCACCGCCAUCGCCUCCAUCAUCGCCAGCGCAAAAUCCAAAGCUGCUCGGCACCCUCGAGUCAUCACACUCGAGUGCAUUGCCGCCUACCGCAACAACCACGGAGCCUUCACACGCGAUGCCCGAAGACUCACACUUCAAUGUGCACAGCAACAUCAACUGUAG